AUUUGGGUGCAGAAAGUGUAAAACAAAAUGAACAGAAUUAUUUUCGAAAUAGGCGCGAUUCUUGGAGGAAAACCAGAGAAAAGGACAGGAGCAGUUGCAAAACAUUUCGACAACAAACAUAUAUCCAUUUAAAUUGUUGUGUUAUCAGCAUUUAUUUUAAUAUCUAUUUUUAGCAAUUUUUUCAAUCUUGUUGAUAAAUUCAUAAUUUUAUUGCAUAUCGUACAUCAUAUUUUGUAAUUUUGAUUCAAUAUAACUUUUAAGAUCGAGCUAAAUUUUCAUUUUUAGAUGAAAGAUGAUAUUAAGCCGCAAAAGACCACUUCGAACUUACGAGAGAAAAACUGCCAAGAAGCACUUCACAAAUUCACUAUUAUCUCCUGUUAUAUUGAUAAGAAAAUAUAAUCUUGUGGAAAAUGAUCGCUCUAAUGAUAAUGAAACAUAUAAUGAUUCCCUAAAUAAUGAUCCAUUUGAAACGACAUUCGAUAGAAUUGCCAAGGGGGCAGUAGUACCUCCUAUACCACCGGAUACAAAUCAAAAUAGUACAUGGAAAGGUAGCAGUAGUGACAGUGAUAUCAAUAAUUCAACAAAUGCUAUAAAAUCACAUGAGCAUAGAGCCUUUGAUUUUUUCACAUGUAACGGUUUAGAUACAUUUCGCUCAUCACAUAGUGAUACACCUAAGUUAACAGAUAGGAGCAUUAAAAUUACUCGUAAAUGCAAAAGAUUACGAAGAAAUGAGUCAAAAGUUGUGAUUUCUAAGGGAACAGUAUCUAAGAAGGCAACAACAAUGCUAAAACAUAAAACACAGGAACAAAAGAGGCAAAGAAAUAAGAAACAAAUAAAAAAAAUGCAAUCUGAGUCUAGUCGCAUGUGCAAUGAACAGACAUCUCAUGCUUGCACUGUUCAAAACUAUAUACUGGAGAAAGCUGUGGAAGCUAAACAAAAUAUGCUUUGUGACACAAAAUUUCUGUGUACAGAUAUUUCUUCACAUAUUAAAAAAAACAUUUCUAAAAGACAUAGUGCUAUUUUACAAUCGAAAUCAUUUGAAUAUGACACUAUUAUUGGAAGAUUCAAACAUUUGUCGAUUAAAGAAUGCUUUGUAGUAUUGCAUGACAAUAUUAUUAAGAAUCAGCUAUCAAAGACUGAGAAAAGUGUUGAUGUGGAAAAUGGUUCUAUUGAAGUGAAAAAUAAGUUAAAUGUACCUUUAACUCUUCAUAAUUUGUCUCCUCAUAACACUAAUAGUACUAAACUUGUGCCAUGUGAUACAAAAAAGAAUGAUAGAGAGCUAAUAAAAGAUAGCAGUGUAAAGCUCAAAAGAUUAAAAGUAGACGAAUUUGUAAAGAAAGACAAUAUCAUAUUUAGUGAAAGAGAGCGAUACAUAAUUUCUAGUACUCCUAUCACCAAACGCGUAAAAUCUUACGCCUGUUCAGCAUCCUUUUCUCCUAUCAAUAUCGAUAUUCACGACACGUUAUAUCCGAAAUACGAAUGUUCGAUUUCAAAUGUGGAAGAAAAGGAUAUCUCUAUUGUGCUUUCCAAUCAAAAGAAUUCUCCUUCAUUGAUUAUGCCGUCGAAGUGCAGUUUUGAUGUAGAUAUACAUGAACAUCCGACGCAAGUUUUGCAAUCGUCCCGGAAAACGCAAACCAGAGAUUCUGUUUUAAAUAUCGAACCCUCCUCUUCCUCCGAGGACAUUCAUACAUUGCCUAUGCAGAAGUAUAAAACAGAGAAUGUAAUAAAAGCACCUUCGCAUUCCUUGAAUAUCUCGUCCAUCGCAGAUACCGAUCCAUCGUUAUUCAGCGAUAUAAUACAUGAUUAUUCAUCGAAGAAUACUGAAGUACAGAAAAUACAUUUCACAAAUACAUCGACAUAUGAUGAAAUUGCACAUACGACAGAUUCGUUCGUUGAUCUGUGCCAAAAACAUCAACAAAUAAACAAUAAUGCAAACAUGAAGAUUGAAAAUGUUAAUAGUGAGAAAAGUAGGAUUCUUAACGAAAGUCCAGAUAAUGUCAACAACACUGCGCUGCUCAAGCGAUUGCAAGAUCCGAUCAGAAUUACAGGAAGGAGAAUGCAAUAUCCCAAGUGGCAUCUCAGAAUUCAAUUAGAUAUCUCCAAAAACUCGAAUGAUGAAAUCGCAGAAGCGAAUAGCAAGGGCGACCAUCGCGAUGCAAUCAAUGAAAUUCAUGACAUCCAGUCGGAGAUGUACAAUAUCGAACAUUCCACGAAUGCAGUAAAGAAAUCCUUUGAUCAUGUUGAAUUGUUCGUUGAUUCCGCUCAAUUUCACGAUGAUGCGAAUAAAGGAAAAUCUGUUUUUCUAAAACCAGGCAAAUAUUGGGCUAGAUCCUUGUCGAUAUUGAACCGCAUAAAUGACGAAUCUAAUUUAGACAAAUUGAGCCUCGGGAAAGGAAAGAGGUGGAGACAUAGCGUCAAAGAUAUAUUGGAUAUGCAAAAACAAGGAAUUUUCCAAAGCUGUUUGAAAAAAGAUGAUGAUGCAGAUCUGUCCUGCAAAGAGCUCAAUACAUCGAAUAUCAUAUCAUCGUUCGACGAUAAUAAGCGUAAAACAUUUAAUUCUACAAACCAUGCUAGAUUCUCCAAGAGAAUCUCGGUGCGAGUCGUGCCAAAUAAUACGAGUAUUGGAUGCAAGAUCAAAGACACCUCGUUUCUUGAAGCAUUUGGAAUAAAAUCGGAAAAAUCUCCGAGCUUGAAACUGCAUCGUAAGGAAUCACACGAUAAUCGAAUUAUCAAAGGACAUUCCAUAACUGCGAGAGACGUCGUUUUACAAAGAUGUUCGCAAAACUCUUAUUUAUCUUUCUCCUAUUGCUUCCCAGAUUCGUAUUUGGAAUAUUGCCGCAAAAUUGGCGAAGGUGUUUAUGGAGAAGUCUUUCUCUAUGAAUAUCUUGAUAAGAAGUCAGUUAUAAAAGUUAUUCCUAUAGAGGGCGAAAAGUUGGUCAAUGGCGAGCCACAAAAAAAAUUCAACGAAAUACUUUCGGAAAUUGUGAUCGCAAAGGAGUUGGAUAAUCUGAGAUUAAAUACUACGUACAAGACUAGUGGAUUUAUCGAAGUACGAAGAAUCAAAUGUAUCAUGGGAAAAUAUCCAAAGAGGCUUGUAGAACUGUGGAACACUUAUGACGAUAAUAAAACAUCUGACAACGAUUGUCCGUCAAUGUUCGACGAAAAUCAAUUGUACAUCGCUCUCGAACUCGGUGAUGGUGGAGAAGAUCUCGAAGCUUUCGUUUUUCAAACCGCGGAAGAAGCUUGCGCUUUAUUUUUACAAACUGCAUUUGCAUUAGCGGUUGCCGAAAAGGCACUCGAAUUUGAACAUAGAGAUUUGCAUUGGGGUAAUGUAUUAAUAUCGAGAACAAAGGAAUCGUAUGUGUCUUAUUAUCUUGACGGGAAAGAGAUCAGGCUGCCAAGCAAGGGUGUAAAGGUGUCGAUCAUAGAUUUCACCCUAUCGAGAAUGUUGUAUCAAGGAUGCUGCAUAUAUAAUGAUCUUGCAUUGGAUCCGGCCUUAUUUACCGCACACGGCGAGUAUCAGUUUGAGAUUUAUCGUCUAAUGCGCGAGAAAAUUCAAAAUAAUUGGAAUAAGUUUGAACCAUAUACGAACAUCUUAUGGUUGCAUUAUACUUUGGAUAAGAUGAUUACAUCGGUAAGAUAUAAAAGAAAGAACUUAAAAGUACAUAAACAUGCUAUUGUCAGAUUGAAGGAAUUUAAGGAUAUAAUUUUAAACUAUGACAGUGCAUUCGAUUUUGCGACCGAUUCCAAUGUCGCGCAUUUGUAAUGUAAGCCGACGAGAAGAGAUGUCUCGGUUUGUAAACUUUAAAGAUAUUCUAUGUGACAUUUAGUCACAUAUGUACAGCUCAAUAACGUUUGUGUUGUUCAAGAUUGACAAAAAUUAGUGAUAAUCUUUCUUAAACCUUUAUACUCUGCGCCUUGCAAUAAUUUUUUAUAAUUAAAAUUGAAUAACUUCGCGUUUUCCGUUAAUUUUUUUUAUGCAUAUGAUAACGACUAUUAACGAAAAAAUUAAAUAAUUUUAUAUAUAUGAAAAAAAA